AUGACGGACGAAGAAACGGGCUGUCAUCUUCGCAAGCGCCGGUUUGCCGGCUCUUCUAACUUAGCCUUAAACUUAGAUGUAGGCUAUCAAGUAAACGAAGGCUGCAGUGGCCUCGGUACGCCUUCACCAGGUUACAGCAAGGCAGCCCCAACACCGACAUCCGCCCAACUUCGCCAGGAGUUCAGGAAUAAACAACAAUCGCUGGAUAUACCAGUACGUGCAGAAGAUUGCGAAGAGAUAGAGAUAAUAAUAGAAAGCGACGAAGAAGAAGCAGACAGAGAAGAAAAUGCAUCUGCGGUCGUCAAGGUCGAUCGCCCUGUAACGCCUACACCGGUGCAGGACUUCGGGGCGAGUGUCGUUUAUACUGAAGGUGAUCUGAGAUCAAAACAGAUGAGUUCGCUGGAAAAAAAUGAAUGUUUUUCGCGGACUGUUAUAACGAAAGGACCUCAAGCAAUGGAUUUCCUAAACGUAAAUGCCAUAGAACACGAUUGCUACACGGACGUGUCGGACGCAGAUUCGGAAGAGGAGGACAUCUAG